AUGGUUGCCGACGGCUCGCUGGUUCCGUUAUACAAACUACACAAUCCUUCGUUCGUUUCUUUACGCUAUAUUGUGGAAAUGCGUUUCUCUACCCUUGCCGUCGCUCUUCUUCCUGCUGCUGCUCUUGCUGCCGUCCAGACCGUCACAGUUGGAGAUCAAAAUAAACUGGAAUUCAGUCCACCAAGCGUGAAUGCUGCUUUGGGUGACACGAUUCAGUUUCAAUUCAAGUCCAAGAACCAUUCCGUCACACAAUCCACUUUCGACUCGCCCUGCGUGUUUAAGGCGGCCGGCGUUGAUUCCGGCUUCCAGGCCACACCCCCCGGUGCCACGCCAUCCGCGUCGUGGAGUUUUAUGCUCAACACCACCGACGCUCUCUGGUUCUUUUGCGCACAGACUGCACCUGCCAACCACUGCGCCAACGGAAUGGUUUUCGCCAUAAACCCUCCCCCUGACAAGACCUUUGAUAUGUUCAAGGCUAAUGCUAUGAGCCAGGGCAGUGCUCCCGGCGGAAAUACUACUGCUUCUGGUUCCUCCAGUUCUGGCGCAGCCGCCCCGACAGGAGCAACGGGUACAGGUGGUAGUCCAACAGCCGGCGCAACUGGUGCAACUAGCGCUUCUAGUAGCGUAACGUCAGCUACCACAAGUGGAACUGCAGAUGCUAGCAAAAGCAAUGCGGCAUCUGUCAUGAACGCAAACGGUGUCGCCCUCUUGUCUAUGGCAGGAUUGGUUCUUGGUUUGAUUUUGUAG